AUGGGCCUGUCCUACACGAUUGUCCCGUUCGACGACCCAAACAAGUUCCCUAGCUGUGCCAAAGCCUGUCAGCCGCUAUGGGAUGCCAAUGGCGGCUGUGUCCCUCCAGCGAUCCCCACGGCCGAUGUGAGCACUUACGAUUCGUGCUUUUGCGCCAACGGAAAAGUUGCGCCGUUUAUGAACGCUGCUACUGGAGUUUGCGACGCGGCCUGCCCCCCUCAAGGCUUGAGCUCCAUUGCUCACUGGUAUUCGACUUUCUGCGAAUCCGUCAGAUUUUCGGGCAACACUCCACAGACGUCCAAUACCGGGACCCAGACCGCUGGCGCAACAAAUACGCCAGGUUCUGGCGGCACCAGCAGCGGCAGCAGCGGCAGCAGCUCCAGCAGUACCGGCGGAGGUGACUGGCUUUCCAAUCAUUGGCAAUGGGUCAUAAUGCUGGUGGUGCUUGUCGUUGGCAUCACGGGCAUCUGGAUCGGCGCAUGCGUCUGGCGGCGUCGAUAUCUGCGCAAGAAGGACCGGCAGCUAUCGCUCGGGCAGAAGCAUUCGGGAUCCGCCAAUAUCCCAGCUUGGGGUCCUGCCGUUACCGGCUCCGACUUCGCCUCGCCGCCAAACGCUCCUCAAGGUCGUGACGCCGCAAGGGAAGGCUUGAGCGAAAAGUCGCGGAAAGACAAGCACAAGAAGAAGUGGACAGUUACUGAGCGCACGUGA